AUGGCUUGUAAAAUGUGCUCAAUGUGUGGCGGUCCAACACAACAGCCAAAUUUUCAAAAAUUAGUAGAUCCUUAUCCGAGGAACUACGACACCAUUCUCGGAAGUGAACCAAGAAAUUGUGCAAGACUCAACCCAUGUGCAGGAAAUUUGGGACCCCCAAUUCAAUUAUGCUUACCAGCUGUUUAUUCGUGUCCAGCUUCUAAUCAAGGUCGUCACAAUCCAGGACAACAGCCGUGUGUAGUGAAUGUACCUCGUGAUUGUCCCAAACCAUGCCCGCAAAUCAUAUGUGAACCUUGCCCUCCUCAACCUCCAACUAAAGUUUGGCUAAUUAAAUCUAGUCCAAUGCCACAGAAAGUAGGGUUAAGCAGUUUAUUGCUGUUUCUUCUGAGUUGCUGUAUUCCAAUUGGAGGAGGACCGUCUUGCUCUGGAUACAAUUCUUCACAAGCAAAGAUUAUGUUGUGUUUACCUUGCAGCCCACAGUUGACGGAAACCAAUCCUCAAAAAAAGGUUUGUGGGAUAAAUACUUGCGGCAACAAGAAAAAUGUUGGGAAAUAUUUACCACCACCGGCAAAAAGAAUUUGUCCGCCUCAUUGUAUACACAGAUCUGAUUUGAAAGGUGGGAGGCCUUGUACAUGGUAUGAAGGGAUUCCUUGCAUAGCUCAUUGUUUUGAAACGCCCAAUGAUCCCAACUCAAAAUGUUAA